UCGGUCACUCUUCUGCCUAAGCCUCCCUUGUCCACUCUCUCUCUCUCUGGAUCUUUCUAGGGUUUCAAAUUGUUGGACAGCGAGAUUCCAGUAGCCAAAAACAUAUACAGGUAACUCGGGAAGUAUGAACAAUUUUGAACACAGAGAAAUCAACAAUGGGGAAGGGAAAAGAUAUACUCGGGAAGAAGAAAUAGAAGAAGACGAAGAAGAUGAAGAUGAGGGAAACGGGAGAGGUCUUGAUGCAUGGGAGAGAGCUUAUGCAGACGAGAGAUCAUGGGAAUCCCUACAAGAGGAUGAAUCAGGACUCCUUCGUCCUAUUGACAACAAAACCCUCUACCAUGCUCAGUAUCGUAGGCGCCUGCGUUCCCUCUCAUCCACUGCAAGAGCUGCUCGAAUUCAGAAAGGCCUCAUUCGCUAUCUCUACGUUGUCAUUGAUCUAUCGCGGGCAGCGGGAGAGAUGGAUUUCCGACCAAGCCGAAUGGUCGUGGUUGCAAAACAAGUUGAGGCUUUCAUUAGGGAAUUCUUUGAUCAGAAUCCACUGAGCCAAAUUGGCCUUGUAACUAUAAAAGAUGGGGUUGCUCAAUGCUUAACGGAUCUUGGUGGCAGUCCCGAGUCUCAUAUCAAAGCCUUGAUGGGUAAGUUGGAGUGCUCAGGUGAUUCCUCCAUUCAGAAUGCCCUAGAUCUUGUUCACGACUAUCUUAAUCAAAUCCCGUCAUAUGGUCACCGUGAAGUUCUGAUCUUGUAUUCGGCUCUUAGUACCUGUGAUCCGGGUGAUAUAAUGGAGACUAUCCAGAAAUGCAAGAGAUCUAAAGUUAGGUGUUCAGUUAUUGGUCUCUCCGCAGAACUCUAUAUAUGCAAACAUCUAUGCCAAGAAACUGGUGGAUCGUAUUCUGUUGCAUUGGAUGAGCCUCACUUAAAAGAACUAGUGCUCGAGCAUGCACCACCACCUCCAGCAAUAGCAGAAUUUGCAAUUGCAAAUUUGAUCAAGAUGGGAUUCCCACAAAGAGCAGCAGAGGGUGUUAUCUCAAUUUGUUCGUGUCAUAAAGAGGCUAAGGUUGGUGGGGGCUACACUUGUCCAAGAUGCAAAGCACGAGUUUGUGAGUUGCCUACUGAAUGUCGUAUUUGUGGGCUUACCCUUGUUUCUUCUCCCCAUUUGGCAAGAUCAUACCACCAUCUUUUUCCCAUAACACCGUUUGAUGAUGUGUCACACUCACGUCUGAGUAAUUCCCGUCAAAAGAGACCAAUAACUUGUUUUGGUUGCCAACUAAGUCUCCUGAAUCAGGUAAACAUGCCCAGCCCUUGUGUUGUUUGCCCGAAAUGCAAGCAAUACUUUUGCCUUGAUUGUGACAUUUACAUUCAUGAGAGCUUGCACAAUUGUCCGGGUUGUGACAGCUUCAGGCAGUCUAUGUCGAGUAGCAGAACCGAAGAAUGACAAACAUAUUGAUUUGUUUCUACAAGAUCUAAAUGGUUCCCGGAGAUUUCCACAUUAUUUUCCACCACUCAGAAAGUCCCGUUCCCUUUAAGUCAUUUCUUGAUCAGAAGCAAGCACAAGCUCAGACAUUCAGAGGAACUACGGCCUCCAUACAAAAGCAAAUAUGGGUUAGAUUAUGAAGCAACAAUUAUUGCUUAGUGCAUGAGUUUUGGACUGAAUCAAUGCAUUUGGGCAACUAGUUCUUGGGGUGAUAUCAAGUUGAAAUGGGCCCACACUGACACAUUCUGGAUCCAGCCCUUUGGAGGACUGCGUUAAACUAUGGUAUGUGUUGGAUGUUUAAAUUUUUGUUAGUGUUAUAACCUCUUUGUGUAUACUUGAGAAAAGGAAAAGAAAGGAGGGAGGGAGAGACUUGAUCCAUUUCUGCUCACUCGCCAUCCUCUGUUGAGAUUCUUGGUUAAUUUGACGCCUAGAGACGUGAAUAAUUUUUUUGGUAUUUUAUUGUUCUCUUUGUAAAUUAUUAAAGAAAAAAUUUUCUUUAUA